AUGCAUUAUUGGGAUGUGCCUAAUAAUAAAGCUAUACUUGCAACACUUUUGGAUUCUUGGUACAAGCUAUUUUCUUUUAUGUCAGAAUCUUUAAAAAGAAGAACUUUCAAAUUGCUUAAAGAUAAAUAUGAAGAAUCACAG